UGUUCGCUGGGAAGUUCUUGGUCCAGCUCAGCGCGCAUGCUCGCCGAGUGGGGUUGCGAAGACAGCGCACUGAAGUUAUGGCAGUAUGAGUGCAUGCUGUUCUCCGUGUUGUGACAUGUCGAGAAGAUGCAGUAGACAUUUUAAUGCAAUGGCGCCAAAUAUGCGUUGAUUCGUCUCUGGCACAGUUUAAUGGUGGAUCUUCUGAAUGACCUCAUAAGCCCAAGACCAGGUUUUCCAACAGAGAUUGAUACAGCUUUUGUCUACCAAUGGACUCAGGGACGGGCCCGGGCUGUUCUCCAGAGAGUCCUGCUCCUUACCCACAAGCCCCGGAGCCGCCGGCAGCGAAUCGGGGCACGGCUGCCCUCCCAGCGGCCGUGCAGUCUUCUCCUGCAGCGCCCCCCGAGAGCGGUCCACCCCCCGCAGAGGAGGGCGGGUGCCACUGGGAGAAUCCCGCCGAGACCUCGCCGGCCAGACCUGUGGCCCCGAGCUGCGAGCAGGAACCCCCAGGAACCUCACCCCCGCUGACUGGAGAGCCUCCCCCUUAUAGUCCACCGGACCCCAAAAUGGCCUAUCUGUUGUACCCUCCCCUCCAGCCACAGUUCCCUGGACUGACUCCCAUCAUCCACCAGCCGGGACCCAGGGAGCCCGGCCUCUAUCAGCAGCCCCUCUCCCCGACAGGGAACUACCCCUACACCAUCUACAUGAACAGUGUGCCGGUGACUGCAGACCACAGACCGCUGCCCAAAGACUACCUGGUGGAGUCCCUGCUGGUCACAGUCUUCUGCUGCCUGAUGAGUGGGCUCGUGGCUGUCAUGUACUCGUACGAGACUCGCUCCGCACUCAGCCGGGGGGACCUUGUGGAGGCCGAGCGCUCCUCGCAGAAGACGCGCUCCAUGGUGCUCUUCAGCCUGCUGUUCGGGGUCUUCGUCUCAGUGGGCUGGGUCAUCUACGUGGUGGUGGCCUUGUAUGCCCUCUGACCGGCAGGAGGACUCCUGCUUCAGCCCAUUCCCACCCUUCGGGGAACUGGCUGGGCGCUGGAGAAAGACUCGGAUGGUAUUUGCUGGGACCCCUGCCUGCACUGAGGAGCACGCUGUGCAAAGGUUCUCUACCAGCUGACCAGAGACUGAGGACUCCACAGGGAUCCAUGUUUUCAAGACUUUAUGGUUAGUCCUGUUCAAAAGCAACUGGGUUUCAUUUUUCAAAAUGUAAUCUGCAUAAUGGAAUUACCUGCAAACCACUCUUAAAGAAAAAUCAGUGCAUAAUUUCCUACUUUACCUCUGAACAAACAAGCACCUUGAAGAGAUCUUGACUUCCUGCUCUGCAUUUCGGCUUUUCCCUUUUUAAUGUUUCAUUAUUCUAUCCAAAAUAAACCCAUGGAAAUGAGUGGUAAAUAAUGGUCAUUUCCAAAGCUCCUUCCCUUAAAAUAAGAACAAACACCUUUAUUAAAAUCAUGCAGCAAUGAGAACUUGAUUUGUGGGCACCUUCCUAAUGUCAUGUGUUUGAGCAGGUUGUCCAUCUUGAAAUAUACAGUAUCUACCAGUUCCAAAUUAAACUGGAAAAGGUCAGUUCUUGCAGGAACAUCCCUCUACACUAAUUAGUCUUGAUCUGUAAACUAAGUUGGAUGGAAUGUAGAAUAGUGGGAACAGACAGUUCCUUCACUUGGUGGUUUUGGAAGAAGCCAGGAGGGACCUGCCCAGCUGGUGACCACCCUGUUAGAGGAAUCCAUCCCAGGCCGUCAGCUGGUGGUGACACUGCAGCAGCUCGUCAGCUGUUUGGAGUUGAGAGCGACCUUCACAGCUUAUGGUAUUAUGGUCCUUGUGUACCACAGCGUUAAAGCAUUCCCUCCUUUGUGGAGUUUCCAAAUUUUAGUUAAAGAAAAGAUGCAUAAGGAAAACUUUGACAUCUGUGAUUAGAGGCAUCACUGGCUUCUGUUUUUGUUAGCAAGCUGUUGUCCCCAUGUCUGGACAGACUCAGACUUAAACACGUCCCAAUAAAGCUAUUGUUUAUUAUG